AUGGGCACCUUUAAAGCACAUGAUGGUGAAUAUUUUUUAGAACCUCUGAUGAAAACAGAUGGAAGUGAACAUGAAGAUGAACAUAACAAACCACAUCUUAUAUACAGAAAUGAAGAAUUUAAAAAAGAUGUUUAUCAGAAAUUCCAUGAACCGUGUGAAGUUUCAGACAGACAGAUGGAGAAAAGCGCUUUACCAUUUCCAAACUACAGCAGUUUAAAUGAAGAUUUAAAUGUUUUACAAAAGUCUCCAGUUUUAGAAUACACCUUUAAAAACCUUUCUAUAGAGCAUGGUAGAAGCAAUCCACAUUCCCGGAAAAAGCGUUUUCUUUCCUAUCCAAGAUAUGUAGAAGUGAUGGUUACAGCUGAUACCAAAAUGGUUCGCCACCACGGACAGAACUUACAGCAUUAUAUAUUAACACUUAUGUCAAUUGUUGCAGCAAUCUAUAAGGACUCAAGUAUUGGCAACCUCAUAAAUAUAAUUAUUGUAAAGUUAAUUGUAAUUCACAAUGAACAGGAAGGGCCAGCUAUCAGUUUUAAUGCUGCUACCACUCUUCGCAACUUUUGUUUAUGGCAGCAAACGCAGAAUGUUCUGGAUGAUACUCACCCGUCUCAUCAUGAUACUGCUGUCCUUAUCACUAGGGAAGAUAUCUGCAGAGCUAGAGAGAAGUGUGAUACUCUAGGUUUAGCAGAACUAGGUACAAUGUGUGAUCCACUGCGCAGCUGUUCUAUAAGUGAAGAAAAUGGAUUGAGUGCUGCAUUUACUAUAGCACAUGAACUUGGACAUGUAUUUAAUGUGCCCCAUGAUGAUAGUUUUAAAUGUAAAGAAGCUGGAAUUAAACAUCAGUACCAUGUAAUGGCUCCAACAUUAAAUUACCACACAAGUCCAUGGACCUGGUCAAAAUGCAGUCAAAAAUAUAUCACCGAGUUUCUCGACACUGGUUAUGGAGAAUGCCUUCUUGACAAACCAAGUGGAAGAAUAUAUGAUCUUUCAUCUCAGCUGCCUGGGUCAAUGUAUGAUGUCAAUAAGCAGUGUGAAUUUAUGUUUGGUCCUGGGUCACAAGUAUGCCCCUAUCUGAAGCAAUGCAAACGCUUAUGGUGUACAAGUGUUGAAGGAGUUCAUAAGGGCUGUCGUACUCAGCAUAUGCCAUUGGCUGAUGGAACCAACUGUGGUCCUGGAAUGCACUGUCGCCAUGGGAUCUGUGUAAACAAAGAAAUGGAAAUACGUCCUGUAGAUGGAGAAUGGGGACCAUGGGGACCUUAUAGUUCAUGUUCAAGAACCUGUGGAGGUGGAAUCAAAAGCACAACUAGAUUGUGUAAUCAACCAGAGCCAAAAAAUGGAGGGAAAUAUUGUGUGGGGCGCAGGAUGAAAUUUCAAUCAUGUAAUACUGAUUCUUGUCCAAGAGGAAAAAAUGGUUUUCGAGAGCAGCAAUGUUCUGACUUUGAUGGAAAACAUUUCAACAUCAAUGGUCUUACAUCAGCUGUGCGCUGGCUUCCAAAGUACAGUGGCAUUUCUAUGAAAGAUCGCUGUAAACUCUAUUGCCGAGUUUCUGGAACGACUUCUUACUAUCAGCUGAAGGAUAGAGUUAUUGAUGGUACUCCCUGUGGGAUUGAAACCAAUGAUAUAUGUGUUCAAGGUUUAUGCAGGCAAGCUGGCUGUGAUCACGUUUUGAAUUCUAAGGCAGAGAGAGAUAAAUGUGGAAUUUGCGGUGGAGAUAACUCUUCAUGUAAGACUCUUGCAGGCACCUUCAACAGGGCUCAUUAUGGUUAUAAUGUGGUAGUAAAGAUUCCCAAGGGAGCAACGAACAUUGAUAUACAUCAGCACAGUUAUUCAGGAAAACCAGAAGAUGACAACUAUCUUGCAUUAUCUGAUAUUCAUGGGAAUUUUAUCCUAAAUGGAAAUUUUGUUGUAAGCCUGUCUAAAAAGGAAAUCAUUAUACAGGGAGCCAUAUUUGAUUACAGUGGUUCAAACAGUACUGUAGAACGAAUUAACAGCACUGACCGCCUAGAAGAAGAGUUAAUUUUACAGGUUUUAUGUGUAGGAAAUUUAUACAAUCCUGAUGUGCAUUAUUCAUUCAGUAUCCCUGUAGAAGAGAGAAGUGAUCUAUUUACAUGGGAUCCAUACGGCCCCUGGCAAGACUGCAGCAAAAUGUGCCAAGGACUUCGCAAGAGAAAAGUAAUAUGUAUACGUAAAAGUGAACGACUGGUAGUGUCUGACCAAAGAUGUGAACACAAACCUGCUCCACCACCAGUCACUGAACAGUGUAAUACAGAAUGUGAACUAAGGUGGCAUGAUAUUGGCAAGAGUGAUUGUACAUCACACUGUGGUCCAGGAUAUCGCACUUUAGAUGUCCACUGCAUGAAAUACUCUGUUUCUAAAGGUCUUAGUGUUCCUGUCGAUGAUAAAUAUUGUGCUGACCAGCAGAAACCACCAGUCAGAGAACCCUGUCAUGGUGACUGUCUGUUAACAAGUUGGCACUACACAGGAUGGUCUGAGUGUUCCAAGAGCUGUGAGAGAGGUGUCAGAACCAGAGAUGCUUUUUGUAUGAACAACUUUGGUCGUCAUCUUGCUGAUAGAGAAUGCCAUGAGCUUCCAAGAAUUGUAACACAGAGCUGCAAUGAGUUCUUAUGCCCAAAUUGGGCUACUAAUGACUGGAGUGAGUGUCCUGUAACAUGUGGGAAGGGAAUGAGGCAUCGGCAGGUGUGGUGCCAAAUAAAUGAUGAAAAACUACAGGACAGUUUCUGUAAUCCAAACUCUAGACCAGAAUCAGUUAGACCAUGUGAGCUCCCUGAAUGUGCAUCUUGGCAAGUGGGACCAUGGGGAUCAUGUGCUGUGACAUGUGGACAUGGAUACCAGAUGCGUGCAGUCAAGUGUGUUACUGGCAAUUACAGAGUUAUUUCAGAGGAUGAUAGGGAGUGCAGUGCUGCUACCCGUCCUAGAGAUAGUCAAGACUGUGAAAUGUCCCCUUGUCCAGAAACUGCAAAAUUAUGGACAACAUCACUUCCUGUCAUUCAAAUAGGCAAGGUGACUCAAUGGAGAUAUGGAUCAUGGACCCCAUGCUCUGCAUCAUGUGGAAAGGGUAGUCAGGCUCGCUAUGUAAGUUGUAGAGAUGCUCAUGGCGGAGUUGCUGAUGAAUCAUUUUGUGCACACUUACCGAGACCAGCUGAUAUUUCAAGCUGUUUUAGUCCAUGUGGAGACUGGCAAAUUGGAAAUUGGUCACCUUGUUCAGUUACGUGUGAUAGUGGAAUAGUAACAAGACAAGUUGUCUGCGUCCAUUACCAUCAACAAAUCAACGAGAAUUACUGUGAUCCUGAAGGCCGGCCUGCUCAUGAACAAGAGUGUAACAUGCCACCAUGCCUGCCAGUUUAUCGUCAGAUUCCUAAAACGAAUUACCAUCCAAGACAUUUUCCAGAACUUGAUUACCCUCCAAUCCACAAGGGCCAUCAUCCACAAAAGAAUAUAAAUCAAUGGAGUCAUCCUUCUGUCAGUGGAUACCAGUGGAGAACAGGUCCAUGGGGAGCAUGCUCUAGUACUUGUGCACGUGGAUUCCACCAUCGGGUUGUAGUAUGUCAAGAUGAGGACGGAAGAAGUGCUAGGUACUGUGAUGAGGCAACAAAACCACCAGAAUCGAGGCACUGUGAUUCUGGACCCUGCCCACUAUGGAACUAUGGGAACUGGGGAGAAUGUACUCAAACAUGUGGAGAUGGAAUAAAGACAAGACUAGUGAUUUGUCAACUUCCUAAUGGCCAAAUGUUGAGUGAUCAAAACUGUGAACUUCUAGACAAGCCACCACAUAUAGCACAAUGUAAUGUGCAUUCUUGUCCUGGUGAUGUUUCAUGGCAUCGGGGACCAUGGAAAUUGUGUUCUGUUUCCUGUGGAAAAGGUUUGAAGUACCGUGAUGUACAUUGUGUUAACAGCUUCCAAGUUAAAUUAGAGGAAGAAAACUGUAGACAUUUGAGGAAGCCACGAACCCACAAAGUUUGUAGAACUGGUAGAUGUCCUGCAUGGAAGGCCAACAGGUGGAUGGAGUGCUCUGUGACCUGCGGGGAGGGAAUUCAACAAAGGGAGGUCUACUGUAGGCUGAAGGGCAGGGGUCAAGUGAAUGAAGCAAUGUGUAGCCAGGAUACACAGCCUCAUAGCAAGAGACACUGUUGGCUGCCAUCCUGCAUGCAGUACCAAUGGCUGGCAGAUAAAUGGCAAGAUUGCUCAACAUCAUGUAGAAAAAAAGAAACACGUCGGAAGGUCAAGUGUGUGGAUGAAAACAAAAUUGAAGUGAAUGAAAGUUUCUGUGAUCCUAUCACAAAGCCUCCAUCAGCCAAGAAAUGUUUGCUUUCUCCCUGUAAUUAUAUUGUGAUUACCGGAGAGUUAUCACAGUGUUCGCCCAGCUGUGCACUUGAUUACCAGCAGAGGAUCACAUAUUGUGUUGGAAUCUAUGCUAUUCGGAAUAAUCGUGCCUUUGGUCUUCGACCUGUAGCAUAUCGAGAAUGCCCAGUAGUACCUUCCCAUCACAUUUAUAAAUGUGAUGUCAGAGGAUGUUCACACACAGCUACUUGGAAGGUGGGGAAAUGGAGCAAGUGCUCAGUGUUUUGUGGAGCGGGGAUAAAAGAAAGAAGAGUAGAAUGCAUGACUGAAAAUGGAUUAUCCAGUGACUUGUGUCUUUCACGUUUAAAACCAGCAUCCAGGAAGAUCUGUCAUGCAAAAGAAUGUGAGACUCUUGUCAGCUGCAAAGACGUCCAAAUUAAGAAAAGAAUUAAAAAAGACGGUGAAUGUUUACUUAACAUAAAAGGAAGAAUGAUAAAGAUAUAUUGUUGGGGCAUGCAGUCAGAGAAUCCCAAAGAAUAUGUAACACUGGUUAAAGGUGAAGCAGACAACUUUUCUGAAGUAUAUGCAUACAGGUUACAAAAUCCAUAUGAGUGCCCUUUCAAUGGCAGCAGAAGGCAGGAUUGUGAGUGCAGAAAUGACUACCUUGCAGCUGGCUACACUGUUUUUCGCAAAAUAAGAGUUGACAUAAUCUCUUUGCAAAUUAAAACUACAGACCUUCUCUUUGCUCAGACUAUAUAUGGAAGAGCUGUUCCUUUUGCGACAGGUGGAGAUUGCUAUAGUGCUGCCAGAUGCCCACAGAACCCCUUUGGGGUAGAAACAUCAUCUCUCUCCAUUUUCUCUAUCAUGAUUUAUGUGGCACAAAAUAUUCACUUACAUAAAGAGGGGCAGAGCUGAGAUGUAGAUGUCAACAUUAGCCAGCCGCUAACUGCUCAGCAAAAAAAAAAAAAAGCUUCCUAACAAGUAUUUGGGAUAGCUUUUAUAAACUGGGGAACUCAUGAAUGACACUGGAAAGCACCAUGAAGAAAGCGAACAGAAGUCCAGCAGUCUCAGGUGCAGAAGGGUGCCAAAUAUCAUCCGUUAGCCUCAGUAGCAUAAAGUGAGAUGAGCAAGUGAGAAAGUGUUCUGUGAGGGGGGCCACCUCACUCUCAUUACCUGCUUCAUGUGCACUUUCCAGCAAUGGAGACAUUGCAAUACCAUGGGCGGUGUGUGUCAUGGAGUACAAGCCACUCUGGGAAUUAUAGUCUUGUAGA